AUGGCGCCGGUUCACCCAACGACGGCGCGACAAACGCUGGCUCAUGCAGGCGCUAUUGCCAAUGUAGCUUGGAAAAGAGCUGCAGUCGUUGCCGGCCCAGAGAUUGCGCGCCGCGCGCUCGCUCGCCGCGACUUGAGCGUCAACCACACUCAGGGUGUUACCCUUGGUGUCAUCGCAGCCUACGUUGUGGUCAUUGCCAUUCUCUGGAAUGUUCCUUAUGUCAAAAAUGUCCUCUGGCCUUUUAAGAUGCUCACAGUUGCAUUUCACGAAUUUGGUCAUGCCAUCGCUGCGUGCUGCACCGGCGGCCGCGUCGUUUCCAUCACUCUGGAUCCGAACGAAGGUGGUGCAACUUUGAUGAAGGGUGGAAAACAGGCCAUAACGCUUCCUGCAGGAUAUUUAGGAUCAAGUCUCAUCGGCGGGCUAUUAAUCUUCGCGGGCUUCAAUAUCAAUGCCAGCAAGAUAGCCUCAUUCGUCCUGGCUGUCUGCUUUCUUUUGACCCUGUGGUGGGGUAAGAGAGACUGGCUGACGAUCCUUACGGUCCUUCUUGCCGUGGGAUUGAUCAUUGCUGCUUGGUUUAUUUCUCAUGCGCAGGCUUUGAGAUUCGUCGUUCUCUUCCUCGGUGUCAUGAGCGCCCUCUACAGCGCCUGGGAUAUUGCAGAUGAUCUUAUCUUGCGCAAGGUCAACGAAUCAGACGCCUCGGUUUUUGCCAAAAGAUAUGGCGGGUCCAGUCGCUGCUGGGGACUGAUCUGGAUUGUGAUUUCCAUUCUCUUCAUGGUCGCAGCCAUCAUUGCAGGUCUCGCCGCGUUCCCUCAGUCCUUUGCCGAACAGGAGAGCGAUUCUCAGAAGUUCCUGCCCACCUAA